AUGCAUCUAGCUCCUGGUUCUCGUGCAAUCAUUUCAAAUGAAAAGCUCUCUCAAAUACAAGGAAGUGAAGAAUCCACCAAUAGUGCACAUGUGGAAGAAAAAACCAAAAAUUCUCCUGUUAACACUACUGCAGAACCUUACAAAGGAAGAAUGGUUUUACCUUUCGAACCCCUAACUGUUGUGUUUCAAGAUGUGCAAUACUAUAUUAACACUCCUCCGGCAAUGAAAGAGCAUGGUUUCACUAAAAAGAAACUCCAACUUCUUUGCGAUAUUACUGGUGCAUUCAGACCUGGUGUUCUUACAGCAUUGAUGGGUGUCAGUGGAGCUGGGAAAACAACUCUUCUUGAUGUUCUUGCUGGAAGAAAAGUUAGUGGCAUUAUCGAAGGAGAAAUUAAAAUUGGAGGUUACCCUAAAGUCCAAGAAACAUUUUCUCGAAUUUCGGGUUACUGUGAGCAAACUGACAUACAUUCUCCACAAAUCACGGUCGAAGAAUCAGUUAUUUUUUCUGCUUGGCUUCGUCUUCAUCCUCAAAUCGAUUCAAAAACUAAAACUGAAUUUGUGAAAGAAGUCCUAGAGACAAUUGAGCUUGAUGGAAUCAAAGAUGCGUUGGUUGGUAUGCCUGGUGUUAGUGGUCUAUCAAAUGAGCAACGCAAGCGCCUCACAAUUGCUGUGGAGCUUGUUGCUAACCCCUCUAUUAUUUUCAUGGAUGAACCGACAACCGGAUUGGAUGCCAGAGCAGCUGCAAUUGUCAUGCGGGCUGUAAAGAAUGUUGUUGAUACAGGUAGAACAAUUGUUUGCACCAUUCACCAGCCGAGUAUUGAUAUAUUUGAAGAAUUUGAUGAGUUAAUUCUGUUGAAAAUUGGUGGAAGUAUGAUCUACUCUGGACCAUUGGGUCAACAAUCAAGUAGAGUCAUUGAGUACUUUGAGGGCAUCUUAGGAGUGCCAAAGAUCAAAAAUAAUUACAAUCCAGCAACAUGGAUGUUAGAGGUCACUUCUACAUCUGCAGAAGCUCAACUUGGUGUGGAUUUUGCCCAUAUUUAUCAGAAUUCUGCUUUGCUUGAGUGA